UCGAUCUUCAUCUAAAACUCAACGAAGCUGCCUGUUUCCUCCUCUCCAUCAACCAAAUUAAAACAGCAUAUAUAUACACAAUGGCAUCAGAAACCCCACUCGGACUUCCCAUCAUAGACUUCUCCAAACCAGACCUCAACCAAGGAACCAAAGAGUGGGACUUAGUGAGAGCUCAAGUCCAUAAUGCGCUCGAAGAGUAUGGCUGCUUCGAGGCCUUGUUCAACAAAGUGCCUUCUGACAUUCGAAAGUCAACAAUUGAAUCAAUGGAAGAACUUUUCGACCUUCCUUUACAAACCAAAUUACAGAAUGUUUCUAAAAAGCCCUACCAUGGGUAUGUUGGGCAGUACCCCAUGGUGCCACUAUACGAGAGCAUGGGGUUUGACGGCAAUGUCUAUGAACAAGUUGAAAGCUUGACAAAUACCUUGUGGCCUCAAGGAAACCCGAGAUUUUGCACAAGCAUACAAUCAUUCUCAGAGCAAGUUUCGGAGUUGGAUCAAAUAAUCAGAAGGAUGAUUCUGGAGAGCUUGGGACUAGAAAAAUACUUUGAGGAGCAUGUAGAAUCAACCAACUACCUUCUUCGAGUGAUGAAAUAUAAAGGACCUGAAACCAAGGAAAGUAAGUUGGGGAUAAACGCUCACACAGACAAGAACAUUGUCACCAUUUUGUAUCAAAACCAAGUUGAUGGUUUAGAAGUGCAAACAAAAGCUUGCAAAUGGAUCAAAGUCAAGCCUUCAUCACCGCACUCUUUCAUCGCCAUGAUUGGCGACUCUCUUCAUGCAUGGACAAACGGUCGACUACAUUCUCCAUAUCAUAGAGUGAUGAUGAGUGGAAAUGAGGCUAGGUACUCAACUGGAUUGUUCUCCAUCCCAAAGGCAGGUUAUAUUAUAAAAGCCCCGGAGGAAGUUGUGGAUGAAGAGCACCCUUUGCUUUUUAAGCCCUUUGAUCACGUUGAAUUUCUAGGGUUCUACUACACGGAGGCUGGCCAGAGAGCUCAGUCUGCUUUGAAAACUUACUGUGGAGUCCAAGACUUGGUUUUGUCUGCUUAGCAAAUUACGAUUUUGUAAAAUAAAUCUAUUCCUUUGUGUAAAAUAAAUCUAUAUGAACUACGUACCAGUGUAGUUAAAUAAAUCUAGCGGAUCCAAAAUUUUAAACU